AUGGAGUUUAAAGCAGGCAUGGAAUCGGUUGAUAUCAACCUCAUCAAUCAGAUGCUCGACUCAUACUCACAUGGCACUCAUUAUCAGGAGAAGGUCGAUCGUCAGGAGCUAAAGACAAAGCAAUACAUAACAGAGUCAUUGGAGAAGUUGGCUCAGGUGCCGCUGGACUCACCAGAGUAUCAAAAGGAGGUCGAUGACUUUGUUGAUGCACUGGGGCGUUCAAAAGAUCUAUCGCACACCUUCAUUCACAUUGAUAUGGAUGCCUUCUACGCAAUGGUUGAGCAGGUGGACGACCCCUCAAUUGCCGGCAAGCCUGUGGCCGUUGGUGACUUGAACAUGUUGGUCACCUCCAAUUACAUCGCGAGGAAGUAUGGCAUCCGAGCAAGUAUGCCAGGCCUGUUCGCAAUGGAGCUCUGUCCCACACUGAUCAUCAAGCCUUCAAGGAUGGAUAGGUAUCGUCACUUUAGCUCAUUGAUCAGAGAAGUCCUAGGUCAGUUUGAUCCAAAUUUUGUUUCUCCUUCAUUGGAUGAGGCAUGUCUAGACAUCACCUCUGCGCUUCAACACAAUCCAAGCAUGAAAGCACUUGACAUUGCCAUGUUACUGCGACGCAAGAUACAUGAUAACACUGGAGGACUUACUUGUAGCAUGGGAAUAGCACCUUCGCCCUUAUUAGCCAAGCUUAGUAGCGAAGUUAACAAGCCGAAUGGUUACUUUAUCCUUGAGAGAGAUGAGGCCAAGAUGGAGGAGUUCCUUUCAAACACAGCGAUCAAGAAGAUAUCAGGUAUAGGCAAAACACGACAACAACUCCUUGAAACACUUGGAUUGAACACUGUUGCCGAUAUCCUAGACAACAAGUAUGAGUUGUAUUAUGUAUUGUCUCGAGCACACGCUGAACUGCUCUUCAAGCAUGCUCUAUGUAUACCUAUAAUCCCUUCACCGUCAACCUAUCAUGUAUCCAAAAAGAGGACCAUGAUAUCCAAAGAGAAGACUUGCAAGGAGAUCUACGACCAGAUGGACUUGGAGGAUAUUAUGCGUUCACUAUACAAGGAUGCUGUACUUCUUCUUUUGAACGAGAAUGUUGUGGCACUUGGAUUGAUUGUAAUGAUCAAGGACUUCUCAUUCAAAGUUACCAAUCAUGUAUUCUCAUUGUCACCACAAUCAAAGGAGCCCGUGAUUGAUAGUGACGGACAAGUCAUAACGUCACCAGUGAAACGAAUCAGGUCACCUAAUGGCAAGCAAAGACUACCACCAAUGACCUUCCAGGAGAACUGUCAAAAGAUUUGGGAGUUGUUCUACAACACUGUCAAACCAUUGCCAUUCGACAAGAUCAGGUGUAUAGGAUUGAGACUUGUCAACUUUGUCGAGAUUCGCAGUAGUAGUGACGAAGGAGAGGAA